AUGUAUAUUUCGCUAGAAGAUCAAUUGAACCCCGCAUAUGAAGUCGCCAUCCAGCCGCACUUUCGCCAGACCGCCUGCGUGACUUUUGCAAGGGUAUACUUGCCAUACUCGCCUGACGGCAACGGCUAUGUAUACAUUACCCCGCCGAAGGCUUGCUCAGUUUCCUGGAUACUAGUUGACCUGCCCGUUCGGAGGCUUCAUUUGAAUGCUGCGAAUGAUGUCCGCGUCAUCUUCUGCUGGGUUGAUGUGAUUACGGUCAGUUUGAGCAUGCCGGUGAUAACAUUUGAAUACGAGAAAUUACGCCAACAAGGCUUGUUCUUGGGCACACCUCAUUCCGCUGCCGCCGUGUACUCUUUCUACAGAAACGAAAAGUAUAACCAGGAGGCGGGUCUCUGGGCGGAACCCAAGUCCGGGUGGGUGUCGUUCAAUCACCGGUUCGCUCGGGAGUGGAAGGAUAUCGACACGGCUCGUCCGCUCGCGGGGCCGAAUGACGAUAAGGUCGUUGUCAGUGUAGCCGACUCCAAGUUCAACGGGAGUUGGGAUAUCGUGGACGGUAGCGUUACCAUUGUCGGCAUCGAUGCCAAGGGAGUGGAAUGGCCGAUUGUGAAAUUGCUGCAAACCACGAUUAUCGAUUACCACAACGGGACGUUCAUGCAUGCUUUCCUAGGCCCUACUGACUACCACCGUCAACAUGCGCCCGUGAGCGGUGAGAUCAUCGAGGUCACGAAUAUCCAGGACCAGGUCUACCUCCAGGUUGCCACCAAGAAUGGUCACCUGUCCGGCGACCGGAGGCUGGUCCGGAACCCGCAUAUGAUCACGAGACGCAGAGAAAAGCUCAAGGGUGGUGAUGACUUUUACGAUCUGAAUGCUCCGGACAAUGCCGGGUAUCAAUGGUGUCAGACCCGUGUCUUCCGUGGUGAUGACAGUGAAGAAAGGCGAUCAUGUCAAGAAGGGCGCGACAACAUCUCGGAUUUCCAAUUUGGGGGUUCGGACGUGGUUGUCGUCUUCGAGAAGAAGGUCACGUUCAAGUCCGGUCUGAAGCCGGGUGAGACGAAAUUGAACGUGAGGUCGGAAUUGGCGAGGUUUCAGUGA